GCCAUUUUCCUGACUCAAGAAAGCGGCAUACGUGUGAAUAUUGCAUGAGGCAUCAACUGGAAGUCACUCCUGCAGCUUCUCAUUUGGGUAGGACCUGAGAGGAGAGGGCGGGGGGUUAUCUGGGGUUAGGUUUUCAGAGAAGGGGCUUACUUAUGAUCCUUUUCUUGAAUAACCUAUCAAACCCCGCUUAGAUUUUACUCCACUGGCGGAAGGACUGGUUGCAUGUUUGCUUGAACUUUGCAGUGUUGGUCAUUUCUGGGCCAUUAGCUCGAUUGCAGAUGAACUGCUGAUGUCAAACGUGAUUGGACUGUGGAGUGAAAAUCUUGAGCAUUUCUCUCUUUGCUGUGCCCGUCAAACAGCCGGAAGGGGCUAAAGGUAAAGCAUACAGUGUGCAGUUUCGCGUGGUUAUUGCGAUUGGUUUUCUAGGGGGACCGACACCGACUGCAUCCUCCAGCAGCAGCAGCAGCAGCAGUAGCAGCAGCAGCAGCAGCACACACCCCUCAGCACCGGUGAUGCAUCCUCGCGGCAAGGACACGGACAACUCCUCGUCAGAGUCGUCUCGACUUUAGAAUGGUGAAGAAAUCUCUCAACGGCGGGGUUUACCCAACUCAAGCCGGAGAGAAGAAGCACAAAGUCGGCUUUGUUGGAUUGGACCCGGGAGCUCCGGAAUCCAACAGGGAUGGGGCGCUGCUCAUUGCGGGCUCGGAAAGCACCAAGCGGAGCAGCAUCCUCUGCAGACCGAGGUCCAGCAUCUCCGCAGGUAGACCCAGACCGUCGAAGAAAAAUGCCAGCUAUCGGAAACUACAGAAUUUCCUCUACAAUGCGCUGGAGAGACCACGGGGCUGGGCGUUCAUCUACCACGCUUAUGUGUAAGUAAUGCGUGUUGAUUCUGGUACCUUGGCCCUUUUUUGCCUUUACUGUGUCGUGAUUGUAGAUCAGCUUAUGUGGAGUUUUGUCUGUAAUAGUGAUCACGAUCAGAUGCUGCAUUGUAGAGUAAAGCUUUGUCAUGCUGCCAAGCAGCUCCAGCUAUAGGAGGGGUAUCACUUCACCUGCAUAACUCCUGCUACAACUCUGCAACUCACGCUUGUCUCCUCCUGACAUUUUAGCUGUUUGAUUUGCAUAGAUGUUAAGCCUUGAAAUUCAUGUAGGACGUGUUGGAAUUGUCCACACCUCAGUUUUUAGAGUUGCCAUGUGUUGCGGCAGCAUUGCGUUUCAGCACCGCGGUGUGUGGACAGCUCUGCGCCGCAUCAGUACUUUCACUAAUUGACGUUGCAGUCCAGCUCUGCUCCGCGCAGUCAUGUGGACUCUACUACUUUCAGUAAAUGUGCAAGCGAAGGGAGUAUCCUGGGUAUUACAGCUUCUCGGUUCUAGAAAAUGCUACUCUGUCUGCCUGGCUUGCUUUUGUGAGUAAGGACUGAGUGCACUAGCACAAAACAGUGUCUGCCAAAAUAGUUCAGACUUCAGUGAUUCUAUCAUAAAUAAUAAAAAUGGUGUGACCUAACCAACCAAUGCAAGCAGUAUUUCUAGAAAUAUAUCCUUAGUUAUUGAAUAUCUCAAUGAAACAGAGCCCCCUGAAGUCCUAAAAAGUGGCAUGUAUUUAUGUUGUGCACAUAAUUUAAUUAUCUUGUGGGAAUAAGUUGAAAUCUUGAGUGCACAAAGUAAAAGCGAGGGUGCACAAUACAGCUGUCCUAUGCACACACUGUAAUUGUCAUGUGUGCACUAGAUAACUAAAAUGUAGACACAAGGUUAUAACUGGUUUUCACAAGAUACUACUAUCUUGUGCACACAAUGAAUUAAUUUGUGCACACGUUAUAAUCCUGCCCUACAAGUUUAUGUGCACUUGAAUUAACAAGAAAAUAACUUGUGCAAACAAGAUAUCAGCUUUUUUGUGCACACCAAUUAACUUGUUCACACAAGUAAUUAAUCUGUGUGUAGAAAAUCUAAAUAUCUUGUAUGCACAAGAAUAUACAAGUAUGUGUCUAGUGUGCACAAGAUAUUGACAGUUUUAUAUUAUGCACACAACGUAACAAAUGUUUUCCUACAAUUUCCUUCAUUUCUUGUGCAAAAACUGAAAUCAAGACAGGCCCUAAAACAGGUAGAGUUACAUUUGUUAGCCACAAAACUAAUAUUUUCAGAUGUGUAGUUCCUUUUAGUCUGAUUAUGCAAUCAAUUUGGGUGAAGGUGAGACCAUACCUGCUGAAUUUUUAUGAUUGAAUGUCUUACAUGCAGCCCUUUCUGCAACAAAAUUCAAUCCAACAUUCACAGUUCUGUUUUUUUAGGGCAGAGCCACGUGAGACACAAUCAAACUGUCUGAACCACUUUACUUUUGUGUCUUUUAUGUCUUUUAUGAAGUUUUAAGGUCAAGUUAUUGUAGUUUUCCUUCAAUAUAUUCACUUUGGACAGUUUUGUGCACUGGAUGAAAAGCUAUAAAUCCUAUUAAUGUGAAAAACUACAAAUGUGAGCUCAAUAAGGGCGGGUCACCUAUGACCUGCUAUCAUGCCUUAAUCCCUCUGAUUCAUUGAUACUACAUGUUUCAGUAGUGAGGGGCAGAAACAGCCUCAUCAUUAAGGAAUUCACUGAGCGCAGCAUAUCGACUCCCCUGAGACGGCUGACUGCCCAGAAGUGAGCCUGUGCUUUAAUGUUAAAACACACACACACACACACACACACACACACACACACACACACACACACACACACACACACACACACACUGACUUACCCUGUGGGUGCUUUUAAAAUAUUAACUGAAUACUAUAGCAGCUCGCUGAAACUCCUUCUUCAUCAUUUGUUUGGCUUUUUGGGAGGUCCUCACUGACCCGGGCUGGCUGUAGCUCUGGUUUGAUGGCUGAAUCUGAGGACUGAUGUUUUUUCAGGAUAGUACAGAAUUUGGGGCCAAACUAGACCAAGAAACCUAGGGUUGUAAGUAUGUGUGCUGCUUUAAAAAAGAGAAUCUGGAGAGUACUCUGUAAACUGUGAAGAUACAAAGGAAUUUACACCCCCCAGAGAAAACUACAGACACCACAUCCAUACACAGAUGAAGUUCUGGCAUUUAUCCUGCAAGAGCAUAUCUGGACUGCGUAACCACGACCCUUCCCCACUUCCAUUUGUCUGCUCUAUACAUAAUUCAUUGUUACCACAAUUCAUUUAUUCUCCCAACUCUCCCCACUUUCAGCCAGCCAGCUGAUUUAUAAAACUAUCAUGUGCUGACUUUGGUUGGAUCUUUUUUUCCUCAUCCCUCAUUCUUAAACUUAUCUCAGCUCCAGAUGACACAAGGUUUGGCAAACAAAAUGACAUUGCUGCCUUGAAGUGACAAACACAGCUGUGCUGAAUGUGCUCAUGCUCAGACAACACUGUGUGCUCCUGAAAUGUUUGGCAGGUGUCUUGUUCCUCUGUCUCAUUUGUAAUGCAUGUGUGACGAUCAAUAUGUGGAACAUGAGUACAUCCAGAGUACUUUCUACUUCUCCAUCUCUCUAUCGUACCAUCUAAAAGCAAGGCUAACCCUCACCUUCCCCUCUUGUUCUGUCAGUGGUCCAACAUCUGUAAAAAAGGAGACACAGUGAUCAGAGUCAAGGAUAUCCCAACAUGUGCAUGUAAAUCCUGAGUGUCCUGCAAAGUGCAGCCUGCAGAGACUGGAGAGGAGAACUCUAAGAUCUUGUAGAGGAAAGGAAAACAAGGGAAGUCUGUUUCAGUUGUAGAGUGUCUCUUUGUUUGGUUGACACAAAUUUAGUGAGGACAGUUUAUUAAAGAGACUUUUAAUUUGUCAGUUUCUGGAGUUGAAUUACAUCUGAGCCUUCCUUCUAAGCCAGAUCAAGGCUCUAAAAUCUCCUCUCAUUUGGCUCCAACGUCAGCCUUAUUACUGAGUGUCCUCUUGCAGGAAGCUCCAGCUGUGUGAAUAAAUUGAACAGCCUCUGCAGAUGUCAGAUGAAGAAAUGUGCCAGUUCUGCACCAAAGCAGGAAAAAGAAAACUACAAAUGAACAAGACAUGAAAGAGAGGAGAGCAAAGAAAGCACUGAGAAAGUGAUCGACAAAAUCAGUCAAAUCAAUAGAGAUGUUCUGUUAAAUUGAUUCCCCGAGACAGAUCGAGGACAUGGUCCAGUUAUUCACUAUUCUGCUGAGCUGGCUGGCAGGAGUGGGGAGAGGAAUAAGACGAGGACCGAGGCAGACAGAUGGCGGCUGCCAAGCUGCUGAGACGUGAUGGAGUGGUCUGCUUGAGACAUGAUGGAGGUAGAAAACUGGAGUCUGAAUACUGGAUCCUUUAGCCAGGUUCUGGUUAGGAAAGGGUUACAUCCCACUGCUUUCUUUUAGAGACCAUGGAAGCUUUUAGGAAACGUUAAGAUUAAAUAAUGUUCGAAUUCUUUAUGGUGACACAGGAGCUGCCAUUAAAUCCACUCCAGCUCAUAUCAGCACUCUUCAAAGUUUUACAGCAACAGCUGUAGCUGCUCUGGGAACACAGUUAGCUAUUACUCUUUACUCAUGAUCACCAUUAACAUGAUUACAAUCAUUAUCAUCAUUUAUUCAUCAUUUUCGAAUCUAAACCUUAAAAAAUACAUAUGUGAUGAAGGGAGGAUCCUCACUAAUUAUAAAAAUAUUAUAUUGGUGCCAACGUGCAAACAAUCACAUAGCAAACACGUAACAAAUCGCUCACAAGAAGCCAGAGGGUUGGGUCUUAAUGAUAAGCAGCACGAGUUACAAUGUGUCUCAUCAGGGGGCAAAGUUUACACUAAACCUUCAUUUGAAAUUGAUUAGUUUUUAAUGUUUAGUUGCAGCUUAUUAAAUUAGCAAAAUUUUUCAGCUAGCUAACUAGCUGCCCUACACUCUCAAAACGAAUGUGUCAAAAGUAACUCAUCAUGUGUUAUUUCUUAACACAUCCGUGUGUCUAGUUAAGGACAACACACAAUGUGUUGUUUUGACACAUGACUUUGUGUUGACAGAUUUUACACGUUUUGUGUUAAUGUGUCAACACAUCAACUGUGUUGGGUUUACACUAAGAUAACACAGAGCUGUGUCAUAUUUUCAUGCAAUUUACACAUAGCUGCAUUGUAUUCUUCACACAAAAGUGUUUUUUAUUUUCUUACAAUUUACAAAUUGCAUUGCGUUUUACAUUGGAUACAUCAUUCAUUCGCUCACACAGUCACACUUUGGUGGUGAUAAACUACCUUAGUAGUCACAGCUGCCCUGGGGCAGACUGACGGAAACGUGGCUGCCAUUUUGCGCCUACGGCCUCUCCGACCACCACCACACAACACUAACAAUCAUACACCAGCGGAGGACACACACCGGGAGCAAGGUGGGUUAAGUGUCUUGCCCAAGGACACAACGGAUAGACUUGGGAUAGUGGGGGGAAUCGAACUGCCAACCUUCCAGUUAUUGGACGACCGCUCUUACCUCCUGAGCUACUGCGAUUAUCUGCUAAAUUACCAAACCUGGUCACUGAAAAGAAUAAACAAUUGCUUGAAUCUCAAGUCACUUUUAUAAAAUUUAUUUGGUUCAGGCAGCAGUGCAAAAUCUUGGACUUUGUAAGACUUUAGUGCAAACUUGAGAGCAAAACAUAGUGCAGAGUGCUGCUGAGGGGCUUCCUCCCUCUCAAAAAAUAAAAAAUAAAUAAAGAAAAAAGUUACAGAAUUUAUAAAAAAAAGAUGAUUCCAGAAUUAUUCAAAAGUAGGAAAAUUAAUAAAGCCACUGCUUGGUUAAAAAUAACCCUGGCAGGUGUUUUCAUUAAUAACCUCUUUGACCUAGCAGUGGCUAACACAUGUUGUGUUUAAUUCACAUGAUAACUAUUUUAUGUGUUAAAAUAGCAUUAACUCAAAAGUGUGUCUAGGAUAUAACACAGGAUGUGUAAAUAUGACAUAAAUGUUCAAAUAUAAUAACACAAAAAAUGUGUAUGAUUUUAACACAUUCAUUUUGAGAGUGUAUGUUGGUGCAUAGAUGAUGUUUUUACCCCCUGUGGCUAAUCACUGACAAACAUCUCUCUUAUAGAGGUAUUAGCUGCAGUCUUGACUCUUGUAACUGACUGCCUCGGAACAGGCCUAGAGUUGGAAAUAACUGCUGCUUACUCCCAUUAAUCAACCAUAGGAAACUCAUACUCAUGUGCUGGUUUUUAUGUUUGUUCAGUUUAGGAUCAGGUUCAAAUUAUGAAGGUGAUUCGGUAAAUGGUUUUAGACGAACAGCAGGCUAAGGGUAAACGGCCUGAACAGAACAUGCACAUGAAGAAAGCAGUGUCAUCUGCAUAUGGGGUGACAAAGUUAUUAAACAAUGAGAAGAAAGUUUUCAUAAAUUUAUGAAUGAAAAAGAUCCAGGAACUUAGCCCUGAGGAAUGCCAGCUGUAACUGGGACACAAAAGGAUGUUACCUAUCCCAUAAAAUGCAAGGAGAUUGCAACAUCUCUGCUACCUCUGAUGCUGCAACAGCUGUUUAACAACUUUCUCCCAUCAUCAUAGCUCUGUUACAUUCAUAUUGAACAGAGAUGUGUCAUGCAGCCAAGUACAGAAAGAGCCGACACAAAUGUAGGACACCAAGGUAGUAGGUCGAAAGGCGAAAGGUUUAUUCCAGUAACAGGCCAAGGUCAGUACACGGGUAGGCACAAUCAAAUUAGGCAGCAGUAUCCAAACAUAUGAGGCAAAAGACUGUGAGGUACAAUGAACUGGGGACAAAGAAGUCAGAGACAUGAGGUUAAAUACAAGAGGUAUGAGGGUGAUGGGAAACAGGUGGGGAGAGACAAUCAGGAGGCAGGCGUGAAAAUAUGGGAACGGGGCAGACAGGAACAGAUCUGAAAGGGAGACAAGGUGAAUGUCACAUCUCUAAUAUCAAAGAUAAAGCAUUGCAAUGAAAGUGGUUAUGUUUUUAAAGGAGGGCUGAACAGUUUUUCUCGAUUUAAGUAUUUUAUUCAUUGAUUAAGAUUAUUUGUUGUUGUCAUGUAGACAAGCAAAAAAUGCAUGGCUUCAAGUUCACUGUGUAUUUGUGGAGUACCUCAAAGCAGCUGUUUAGAGGCACUAUUGUUUCAUGUCUACUGAUGAUCUCCUAUUAGUUUUAUGUAAUGUCACAUAUUGCUGCAUUUUCUGCAUAAUUAACAUUAUGCAAUUGAGUCAUUUAAUGAAAUAAAGCUUAACAGGAGGAUUUAAAGUGAGUUGCAUAAUAAGAGACAAGCGGUAAUGUGUUUUUAAAAAAGUUUUUUACAAUACUCAGAACUAAAGUAACAAAUAAAACCAGCUAGCAGGUAAGUAUACCAAUAUUUUUCUUUUAUUUCUGUUAUAAAUCUCACAUUUAUUUACACCUUAUAUCUGUAUAUUUAUUACUGUUGCAUCUUUCUCUCUACCUUUUCCUCAUUAGUACCCUGUGGUUGAGCAGCCACAGCAUCAAAUGAGAAUGUAAUCCUCUUGCACAUAUUUUGCAGUUAAAUGAAAAGUACCACAACUCCAGCCUGCAUGUUUUAUUUCGUGUUAACAUCAAACUCAAUUUUCUUUUUUAACAGACUGUAACUGAUUUGCUUUCAUCUUAUAUUACUGCACUAUAUUGAAUUAUUUGCUAAUAGUUUCACUCUGUAGACUUAUCUAAAACUAUAAGAAACACCAUGCAAGAGAAAAGGCUUUACAUAUAUUAGCGUGCCUCAUUUUCUUGAUCUGCAAGCAAUUUUUGAGUUUAAGUCAUUACAUAAAGAUGUACAGAUUUUUUUUAGAAACAGUUGUCCUUUUUGGUAUCCUCCUGUAUCAUAGGCUGUGAAUCCCGUACUGGACUGUACCUCUGUGGCUCACAGGGAACACAGUGAAAGCAGGUAACUACAGUAGUGGGGUCACUCCUGUAUGUAUUUACACAAGAUGAGUGCCCCAGAAAGUCAUCAUCGCUCUCAAACAUCCCCUGAGGAUGAUCACAGAGCGGCCGCUGCAGUGCUGGCACAUGGUCUUCUCUGGCACUGUUUGCUUAGUGAAAAAUCCUCUUUCACUCUCCUUGAGUCCGUAGCAGUCUAAAUUUAGCAUGAUGAGUACGUCUGGGUAGCUAGUGUUGUGCUGAGCAGGGCAAAUCGAUGUUUCUUUAUCUGCAGCUCAGAAGGAAAUGCAGGCUUCUCUGCCUCUAACAACAGCGCCCCUCAACUUGAUUGAUCAACAGUCACGUUCCUGCCGGUGUCCACUCCUGCAACAAGUGGAUGCUUUAUGUGUUGCUGCUCAUGGCUGUUUGUUGACUGGGAGAGUAGAUGUGGUUUUCACUCUUCAAGGGAUUUUAUUGGGGACAGAGGUGGCGGUCAGGAGACAUCAUGAAAAUAUAACUCUGUCAUGUGUGUUUGUGACCACAGGGAUCAUUUGGUGGUGUGCUUGUAGAUUAAAAACCCACUGAACAAACCAUUUUAAAAAGGAUAUAAACAACCCAUCUAGGAGGUGAAUCAAAUGAAAACUUGGUGACAUUAACAGCACCAGCUGGCACUGUACUGAACGUGUAAUGCUCUUCUUCAAGUUAGUAAUCGAAAUCUUGAGUAAGAAAAGACGAAAAAUAUUAAUAUUGCUUUCACAUCACUGAUUACAAAUGAGACUAAACCUAUGAUAGGGCAGCUUAUUAUAGAGAUAGACUUAUUAAAAAGUAGGGCCUCUUAAUUGGGCCAAUUAUUAGUACACUGAAAUGAUUUGUAGCAACUUAUGUAUGCACUCACAAGGCAUAUUAAAAAAACAAACAAACACUGUUUAAUUUAGUAGUUUCUGCUGUUGGUGGUAACCCAUUUUUUAAUCCUAAAUGAAAGCAUUUCAUAUUUUAAACAGUUACUGUCAAGUGUUUGAUAAAUACAUUCAAUUAUGAUAUAUAGAAUAAUGUGGUUUAUGUUUCCUCAGACAAAAACAUCAGUAGUUUUAAGAAAACUAAAUAAUCUAAUGUUUUUUUCUAUGUCAUAAAUAAAUAAAUAAAUAAAUAAAAACAUGAUACUGGCCAAGACAACCAUUAGUAUGAAAUCCUAAUGUGGAUUAAAAUUAUAAGUAUUAUAUUUAAAUGUUUUUUUUUUUUUAAUUAAAUGCAAGAAAAGGAAAACAAGCAACAUCAGCAAAAUAAUGUUGACUACCGGUCCAACCUCUCUCUAAAUAUAUACACUGACACUGUAAUGCAAACUAGAAUACAGAUAUCCUACAUAUUAUUACCUCCCAUCUGAAGCUACAAAGAUGUUGAUAUUGUUUAGUCUAAAGAUUAUUUUUAUUAGGUUGAGACUUGUGCAGAUUUGAUGGUUGUCAGCUCUUCCAUCAUAAUGGCCUGUGCAUUUAAGGUUUUUGGUCUACAUCUCUUUGGCUCACCAUCCCUCGGGAGUUUCUGUAGUUUUUUAAUCGCUUCAUCCUCUUCACCAUGAGUCUAAAACUUAAUGCUCUCCAGAUAAACUUUGAUUGAUAUAAAAAAUACCCCCCACUUUAUUUUUGCCACAUUGUCAACAGGAGGAAGUGAAAUCAUGAACUUUACUAACAUACUAGACUCUUUUUCACAGGCUGAUUUAGUGUGACCUGUGUGAUUCAACUCAAGUUUUUUACAGAGAUGGGAAUUGUGGAGUCACCAAGUCAUCUCCAUGCCAUGUAUUUGUUCUGCUCUGUCACUGAACCAGCUGCUUCCAAUGAGCAGCCAGGAAGGUGAGCUCUUUAGUGAAGGCACCUGGUUCAGUAACUGAGCAGAACAAAUACAUGGCAUGGAGAUGACUUGGUGACUCCACAAUUCCCAUCUCUGGUUUUUGACACAAUCUCCUAAUCUGUGACUUUUUUAAACCAACUAUUUAAAGAAAAAAUAGAAAAGUCAAGAAUUCAUCUCUUUCAGUUUUUUUUUAUAAGGUAGAUGUCCAUGUCCUCUUGUCUCCUGGUCACAGAGAGUGUUCCUCAAGGCUCAGUACCUGGGCCUUUUUUAUUUACAAAUUUAUAUAUGAAAUUCCCUUUAUGUAGCCUAACUCCUUUAUUUAUUUGCACACAUUGGGCAGGUUUUUUAAAUUACAUGCUUGUUAAGAAAUAUAAAUGAUUACAUGAAAUGAAUAUGAGUGUCAGAAGAUUAGAAGUCCACCUCUUCUCCACCUCUCUGCCUGUUUCUGGGUUGAUCAAAAGUUAGCAUUUCCAGUGUGGGGUAUUUUAGGAUACAAAUUCUGGCUAAAAAUCCUGUUUAAAUCCAAAUGUCUGUGCCAAAAAAAUGAAUAGCUCUCUCUAAAGACUGUCUUUUUUAUACUCAUAGAUGCUGAGCAAACUCUCAGGUUGCUGUGUAGAGACUUGUCAGCAUCCAAAUACUUAAGUAAACCCCACUUUAAAGGAAUUGAAACAGCUAUUUGAGACAUCAGAUUAGACCAUGAGGCAAAGUCCACUCCUAAAUACAGUCUACAUAUCCAAAGGCAAACAACUCUAUUUGCUGAAAUGUUGACCAUGCCCUGUUAUAGAGAAGUAGCACCUCAGCAGGAUUCCUCCUCAGUCACAUAUUGCAGAGUCAUUGCAGUCUGACACUGUAAUUUACAUCUGGACAUGCUUUUGUGUCCAAACACGAUUACGCUCAUUCAUCUUUGAGAAAAUAGACACGGUUACUGCCCUCUUUUAUGUAGACUAUCACAAAAACACCUCAUGCAUAUUUGACCACCUCUCCAGCCAGACUCUGUCAUAACAACGAGCCCUGUGUGUCCGCAGGCAGCGUGAUGGGGGGGUAUAAAUGAAUCUUUGAAAGCUCCACUUUACUGAUGGUGAAGCAGAGAGGAUAGGCGAGUAGCUGUAAAAGCUAAUUGUUUGACUGCUCCAGGAGGCAGGGUCUGUCCCUCUCCUUUAUCAGCCAGUGUCCUCAUUAGUAGGUGCUGAUGAGCUUGGCGAGGUCGAGUCAGGGAUGUUGCAUAUGCUGAUUAGACUUACAGCCAGCCGGCUUCUUUGUCUACCACACUUCAUUUCACUGGUUACAAGUAUUUAAGGAAUUAAAGAGAUCUGCUGCUGCGCUGUAAUUUAACAACAAACGGAGCUCUUUGUCAUUUUGCAGCUACAUGGAGCUCAUUACUGGAAGACAAAAUCCACAAAAUCUCCAACACAUAAGCCCUGUUUUUUGCACUCUCAUAAUGCUGAUUGGAUUGACAUUUUUCUACAAGUAAAAGCAUCACUUUAUAUUCUCUGAAGAAAAAGGCGGGUUGAUAUGACUCAAGUCUACAAUUCGCUCAUGAUGGCUGGAUGCCAAGUCAAUGUGAUGAGUCAAAGGGCUGUAAAUGACAAGACAUGAAGUGGUUGACAGCUUGAGUGACUGACCUAAGUAGACCUCAGUGCUGCUGUAGAAACAUUUCAGCUGAUUCAAUACAAUGGUUUAUUUUCUGGACAUGAGAAAAGCUCAGGGAGUGUUUGACUCACUUUAAGCUUAAAACUUGUUUCAGGGUUUUAAUUUGAUUUACUCAGCAGAAGGCAGAGCUCUCCACAAACACAAAAGGUCAAUGUUAUUAUCUGUAUUUUUGUUGGUAUGUAGUUGAAUUGAAUUGUUGCAGUGGAGAAGUUUUCAACCUGUCAAAAAAGGGUGGGCUUGUAAAUAAAUUAACAUAGGUCACAGUGAGUGCAUGUAGCCCAGAGGUUACAUGUCUUUUACAGCCAGGUUCAUCAGGCAAAGUGCAACAUAGCAUAAGUAAUAGAGUUCUGCAGAUUUGUCCUCCUUGAAAUGAUUGACAGUGACUGACAAUAAUUUCCAAGCAUUCCUUUGAAUAAAUGUGCAACAACUUCUGAUGAAAACUUGAUAAUCUAAAAGAAAAACAACAAAUUACUCAGUGGUGUUGAAGGCUGGGAUCCAGGACCAGUGCACUUGUGCACAAGGCUACAGAGCUCAUUUAAAUCCACCCAGAAAGACUUAUAUCCCUUUAUGUUGUGAUAUCAUAUCAGUAUGAUGAUACGAAUUUAUUUCCAUUGUGGUUUAUGGACAGAAAUGAAAUAUGCUGUCCUGUUGGGAGAACCUUUUUAAUUCUUACUGUGCAGGUGCCACAUAGCUGUCACCAGCAUCCUGCAGUGUUUCUGUAGCGGUCCAUAACAACAGUGAUCCUUCUCUGUGAAGGCAAAUGCAAUCCUUGUUCUUGCUUGAACGCUGAAGUUUUGUUUUUUGCUGUAUUGUAGGCUGUGAACGCUGCCUGAACCACUCUGAGCCUGACACAGACAGACACCUUUUCUCAUGCUCGUAGUGGUAGGAUGAAGUGGAGGCGAGUGUUUCUGAUAUUUACAGAAAAAGUGGGUCACAACUUGUUGUUUAAAUGUUAAAUUGAAAUCAGCGUUAGAAAAACAGCUGGCCCUAAUUCAGUGACUAGUCAGCUGUUUUCCUGACAACAGCUGUGAUUUUAAAACCCCUGUCAAGGACAGAGUUUGCACAUUUCAGUUGUGCCGCCCCAGUCGCAGUCACAGACAAAGGCAAUUAUUGGGGCUUCAGCGAGGAGCUGAGAAACAAGAACACAAAUCUAAUCCAAACAAAUUGACAUAGCUUUGCAUUACACAGUGUAUCUCUCUAAAUUGAUGAAAUCUAUACAGACUGUAAUUCCAGACUACAAGAAAAGUCUUUCAACAUCUUAUUUAGAUUUAACUUUAUUUAAGAGGAAAUGUAAGAAAGCUGUAACAGUCCAUGCAGCUUUCUUCAACCAAGCAAGCAUUGGCUGCUGUAGUCAUCAAUGAUGUAUGAGACGCAAGAAAACACACAUACUGCACUGUAGAAGUAAGAGUGAGUGACCUAAAUCCAACCUCACAGUCCUAAAUGUCAUGUCAUGUACAGCACUGGUUCAUCUUUACCUUCAUAAAGCCUCCUCAGGAACUCCUGGUUUUUGUGUUGGCACGUCUUUAUACUUCUGGUGCUGAAUGAUAGAAAUAUACAGAAUCAGCCUAUCCGUGAAUCUAUCAUUGCUGCAUAACUGGAUCUCUGCAGCUUUAUCCUGAUUGGCCGGCAGCCAGCUGCCUCUGCCAAGAGUUUGGUGUGGCCAAACAGAAACUGCAGCAGCAGAAGAAGGGAAAUAAGGUGAGCUGCAGUGAGCUCAAAUAAGGUCUAGUGAUUGUUAUUUAGGGGGUCUGAGCAUGGAUGAAACUCUUUGAUGAGGAUUGAUUAAAGCUGGAUGAAGGAAAAUAGACAGUAAACACUGCGGGAAACUUUCUUGACUGAUUGUUACAAUCUCAUACUAUGAAACAUCUCCCUAGAUAACAACAGAAAUGUUGCAUGGAUGCUUUUUGUUUUACAUUUGAAGCAGGCAAAUACAUUCUGAUUACAACAAAAGAUGCAUCCUUGAUGCAAAGUGUGAACGCUUAUACCCAAGUGCUCGCUGCUUGUGAUCCAAUAAACAAAUCUAAUAGUAAUGCAAGGUGUAAACAGGAUCGUGGACUCUGAAUUUAACCAGUAAGGUAGUAAAUUCCUUCUUUAUGCCCUUUAUAAGGUAGAAAAGUAGCUUAAUGUAGCCUUACUGAACCCAGAAGACCCAAAGUUUAAACUGUGUUUGCUCAUGCUGAUCAGAUUGGUUUCCUUCUUUAUCUAGACAGAUUACAGUCAGGCCUGGUUCAGGGGAAGCCAUUCGUUCGCAUCCGUUCUGAUAACACUAGAGUGGUUUAUUGGUUUAAGCCAUUUUUGUUAACAGUUUAGAUUGCAGCAGCUAACAUGUAUUAUAUUGAAUCACUUUUUGCUUAAGUGUUGCCAUAUUAGCCCACCUCUAAUGCAUCUCAUAUCAUUGCUGCUUUAUUUGUGGUUGAGUGCAGAAACAUUUUUGUCUGUGCUUCGCGGUAAUUUUCUUCAAAAUCAAAAAUUGACUAAGAGGUUUCAAACAAGUUCAAAAACAAAAGCAGGAGCUUUUUGGAGACAGACUCCCUGAGUCAUCAGCUGACAUCAAGUAAAACACCUUAUCAUGUGCAGAAGAGGUCUAUACCAUCAGUCCACUGUGUUUCCAUAUGAUAAAUGAAGGUUGAAUCUUUUGAAAUCCUGCAGAGCCCCAGUAUUGGAUUUCAGCAGCCUCUCCAUUUGCCUUUCAUCGGGGUGACUAACCUUUUAAGAUCUUUUUAAGGAGGUCAGGAGAUACUCUUUCUCUUCCUCAUCACAUCACAGAUCUUUUAUUCAGUGACACAUCGGUCUGAUGGUGUCUGAUGCUCUCUGAUGCUCUCUGGGGGGGGGCGAGGAUUUUUUCUUUUUCUAAACAUUAUUGAUUUUUCAGAAUAACAUUAGUCUAAUCAAAAACAGCACCAUCCAUUUCUGCCUCUUCAAGAGGCAAAACCUCUCAUUCCUUCCAGCCUGUCCAGAGAAGCGAGGGAGGACAUUGGCCCUAAUCUACUACAAAUUCUUAUUGGUUCCCUUUAUACUGGAUGUGUCCCAGUUUACCUCCUAUUUACAUGUAUUCGACCAUGGCUAAAGGACCUGACCAUGACCUGUCAGUCUCUAAAGAUUUGAGCACUUUAUUUAACCCAAAUCUUGAAAAAAGUGGUUUUAGAAAAUUUUUAGAAGUCCCUCGUAGCAACAGCAUUUAAAAAAAUAUGUAUUUUAUUCUGGUUUUGAGUUAUCAGUGGCUGUGAACCUGAAGACUAAUCUUUAAGCUGAUCAGUAGAUGUAAGGAUUAGGACAGCAUUUCUGGUUACAGCUGUGGUCUGGUUUUCCUCCCAUCUCCUAAACAGAAAAUUCUGAGUCUCAGUAGGCUCAUUCAGCUUAAAGCUGUUUAGACAACUUACGGAAUACUUCAAAGCACAGUCCUUGGGACAUUUCUGUUCACUCUGUGUGUACGUUCUUUAGGUUGCAUCAUUUGUUUAAAUUGUUUGAUUUGGUAGUUAUGCUGAUGAAUCUCAAUUCUACCUCUCCAUAAAAAUAUAUCACAAUGGAUGUGUCUCAUAGCUAGUGCACUAAAAUUAGAAACUACAUGUAACAAAACUUACCAACAACUGUUGAAUUCAAUUCUCAUCUAUACACACACACACACACACACACACACACACACACACACACACACACACACACACACACACACACACACACACACACACACACAAAACGCAACAAUUGUGUUAACAUGUUGUGUAAAAGUAAGCAUAUAGUUUUUGUUUUGACUGAUGUGUUAUUAAUAUAUUCCAAAGUAAUUGGAGUAAUUGGGGAUAUACAUAAAUUUUUGCAAAAACAAUUUUAACCCUGGUUUCAGUUUGAAUCCAUGUUGUGGACUUUCUCUAAGGAGUUUUCAUUUUCUUUCUGGGUACUCUGGUUUGUCCCAACCAUAGACUGUAUAUACUAGGGACAACUUGGUUCCGCCCUCUGCCUUCCACCUGUAUACGGAUUUGAAGCUGAAAAGCUUCCAGUAUUUCCAUUUCCUGAAACCAACAUUGCGCAGUAAUGUUGUACGCAUUUGGUGGCAGAGUCGCUGAGAGUCGCUGUGAUGGAGCUCGGCUCAAACAGCGUAUCACAGGGUGAGCUAUGCAAUAUUUGUAUGCCCAUAGGCUGUAUCAAGUGUCAAUCAUAGGAAACAUGAACCCUCUAAUGACUUUUAAAAAUGGAGAUGUACAGAAAAAAGAAGACUUGAGUACAAACCAGUCUUACAGUAACUACAUGUCAACAUUGCAAGAAGGGGGGAGAAAAACGUAUGUUCUGUGUAAUAAAUUUCUAUAGUUUGUCCACAGCUCCAUAGGGAUUGCUGGAGGAGAUGGGAUUUAUGACCUAUACUGCAGCCCGUCAUCAGAGGGUGCUGUUCUCACAGUGGCUUCCAUUCUAUAUACAGUCUAUGGUCCCCACAAUCCAAAGACAUACUUGUUGGGUUAAGCGGUCAGUAGAAAUUGUCUGUAGAUGUGAGAGUGUCUUCUUAUCUGUUUAUAUACAGGCAUCAUGCUGCUUGUUUCUGUGAUAGACUGACAACAUGUCCACAGUGUGGCUCACCUCUUGCCCAACGACAGCUGGGUUAGGCUUUGGCCCCCCUGCAACUGUGUGGUUUGCAUUUGAAUUUUCAUUUGAAGAUUGCAGCAUCAUGAUGUUGUCAUACUUGUUGGGGUCUGUUUAUAAGAGUGUUUUAUUGUUGAUAAAGUAAAUAAUUUGCAGGCCAGAGCAUUUCUGUAUCACUGCAGUGCUACAUCACAGUCAUCACACGUUUUGUUACACCUUAUACCUUUUAUAAAAAAUGAAGCUGCGGUGGAGUGGAUAAUCUACUCAGCCAAAUUGUAAUUUUCUCAUAUAGUGUUCUGAUUAACUGUGCAGGUAUAAUUACUUACGACCUCUACAGAGGGCAGAUUAUCUUGUAAGAAAACGUGGUGGUUCAUCCCUUUCUAUGAUUUCCUUAGAAAAGCGUCUGAAAAAGCCGACAAAUACCUGCUAUUAUUCAGUGAUGUGAGGCGUCAGCUGAUGUUAGUCCAUGCUCUACUCUCACUCUGAAGUGCAGAUGUGUUUCCUUGGAGUCAUUUAGGGUUUCUUUUACUCACUCGGGUGUAAUCGCUGUUCUGUUUAGCUGAAUCAGCUUGUUUCUUUUGAGACCACUUUGUCCUGAACUAAGUAAUUCACUUAUUUACUCAUCCGAACUGAACUGCUGCAGUUUGGCUUGUUUCCUUUAAUAAAGGCACACCCCGGGUCUGCAGCUCUAAUUAUUCAUUCUGUCUCCAACUGUACCCACUUAAGCUUUAGAUACAGAUCAGCAGAUGGUUCAUUAUUCCACCCAGCCAUCACAGCAACUGAAUAUUAAUCUUAAUAUGGAAAUCUCUGAGAGAGCUGGCUCACUUCCAUUUGAUUUAAAGAAAAAGUGUGCUGUUAUUUUGAUGAAUUGGCAGCUGUCUUAAUUAAGGAGGUGCGCUGUAAGUUUAGAAACUAUGAAAUGCCAUCACUCUUUCUAGCACUGCUUACAGUAUGCACAUACAGUAAACUGAUAUGGAACCAUUUACCAGCAGACUCUGAUUCAAAGUUUAAUAGUUUUUCUUUUUUAUUUUAUGUGGACCUAGAGUUUCAUUUAACGAUGCACAGAUUUCAGAUGCACUACACUUGGUAUUUAUAGCAAAAUGCUUAUUUCUAACUCCUGUCCACUGAGAGCAUUAAUAAGUUAGUUCGAUAAGAAAAGAAAAGAGAAAAACAAUUCGGCUGUAAAACACUGCAGCUAUAAAAGCAAGGCUAAUAAAAAAUAUAAGAACAAAAAUAGAAAGCUGUAUAAAAAGCGGUGUAUGCUCAUGUUUUUGGUGUGAGAACAGUGUUUCUCUUUCAGCCAGAAUCUGAUACCUCUAUAAAAAAACAUUAAUGUCCCACUCUGGUCAUUUUUACUUACUACUUAAAGUGUUCUCAGUGGUCUUUAAAUUGUGAUUGUGAAGUUUUUUGUCAAAAUCAUGUUACCUGUCUUAUUUUCAAGGGCUUUUCUUCUGCGGAGCUCCAGUAGAUCAUUAGCAAUUUGCGUCUGAGUCGUGGGAGGAGACAGCACUGCUCUGCACACUCCUCUUCAUACUGGCUUGCAGCCUAACAUUGCCUGUGAAGUAGCAGGUAACAUAGGAGCUAUUCUGCUCUUAGACACUAAUGUUUUUAGGGGCACAAUGAAAGUUAAUAUCAUAAUUAGCUGUCUUACGAGGAUUGCAAUAAUGCACACGCUUGUUCUGGGAUUGUCCUCUCCUUUUCCAAGUCUGGCCUGCAUAGCAGGGCGUGGGGGGUGAAGCUUGGAUUUGCUACGUAGGAAAUCUCACUGAGUCUGAGUCUGUCAUUUGGGUCUGCCAGAGAUUCACAACAAAUUAAAUACAGAAACAAAAUGAUUUUCAUCAGAGUGGGUCUUUAAAUUUGUGUUGUACUUUGCAGAGUUGCAGAAUUUUGCACCUAUAACAGAGAAGACUGUCUGUCUGCGAACUUCAUUGCGACAUCUACAAAUGUAGAUUCAACAGUGAAAUAGCUGGAAAACAAAAAUCAAUCACAGUUUUUUUAUUUUUUCUCCCUCUCUCUUCCAGCUUCCUCUUGGUUUUCUCCUGUCUCAUCCUUUCGGUCUUUGCCACCAUCAAAGAGUUCAAAAACAGCUCAGAGAAUGCCUUGUACAUACUGGUAUGUAUUGUUUUUUUAUUUGCUGUAAACCUCUCCUUUAAUCUUGUCACAGGUUUAACUCUGGUUGUUCUGGCUUUUUCCUCAGGAAAUUGUGACCAUCGUGGUGUUUGGAGUGGAGUACAUCGUGAGGAUAUGGGCUGCUGGCUGCUGCUGCCGUUACAGAGGAUGGAGAGGGAGGCUCAAAUUUGCCAGAAAGCCUUUUUGUGUUAUAGGUGAGAAAAAGAGGCGGCUGUGUUGUGCUGGCUGUCAUCUUUAUAACCUUGCUCUCUCACAGACAUUAUACAGUGUUAACCUUUUUUCUUCCGCCUGUAAAAGUGAAGUGGUUUAAACGAGGAUGAGAUCACCUUCGUCAUUACUUUCCCAGUAACUUUUAAAUCAUAAGAACAAUGGUUCUCAUCUUACACAGUUAAGGGUUGUUAAUUCAGUCUAAGUUGAUCAGUGAUACACUAUCUCAUGCUUUCCUGGCUGCAGAAUUUUAUUAUUGUGUUUUUCUCUCUGCAGACAUCAUGGUGCUGAUUGCCUCAGUAUCCGUCCUGGCUGCUGGAUCUCAGGGCAAUGUUUUCGCCACCUCAGCCAUCAGGAGUCUGAGAUUCCUGCAGAUCCUGCGCAUGCUGCGAAUGGACCGCCGUGGAGGAACCUGGAAGCUGCUCGGAUCUGUAGUCUACGCCCACAGCAAGGUGAUCUUAAAGUCAACAGUGUUUUCAUUUAGAGUUCUCUUUCUGAACUCUCUUUCAGGUUUGUUUAUGUUGUUGGGUGUUAUUGUCCAAAAAUAAGAGACUAAAACCUUGUCUGAAAUUUGUAUUCUUUUCUUGUUCUUUUGUUGUUAUUAUGCUUUAGUUUAACAACGAAGACACAGCACGAUAAAUAUUUAACAUGUUAUCUGCUGUUUUCUCUCUUAUAGCUGGUAAAAAAAAAUGCAUCCACCCACAAACUCUUUUUAAGGCAACUCCAAGUAAAAAGUGGAUUUUGUUUCCUUUCAGCAUGCAGGAGAUGUAAAUAUGUGGUAAAAGCCCUAAAUACUAUCUUUAUUCUUCUUUUAUGGAGCAAACAACCGUAAUAACCUCCAUUAUAAGUUUUCUGACUUUUUAAUUGAUGUGAGAUGCUAGUAAAUACCAAAACAUUACUUUAGCGAAUAGAUCUGCAACUCUAUGGGACAAAUAAACUACUACUACUACUACUAGAGCUAUCCCAAUGUUAACAAAUAAAAUGUGUCCAAUCAUGUUUGAGCAAAAAGGUGAUGUGCGCUAAGUCCAUUACCAACAUGUAAACUAAUUUUUUUGAUAUUUUCAUCUAGAGUGUGGUACUGUGGGAACAUAAGAGACUAAAAAAAAACAACAGGUUUAAGCAAAAAGACUUAAAAAAAAUAAGAUUCCAUAGAAAGUGAAAGUUUUGAGCCAAUAAGAAAUAAAAAAAAUAGAUUUAAAAUUAGAGCUAUCAUGCUGAGCCAAAAGACAAAGACUUAAAGUGUGUUUUAAGGUUUGUUUGUGACAUCAAAACACUUUUGGAGUCAUUUGGGGUCAAACUGUUGGAGAUAAAACCAAAGUAAAAUCAGUGACCAGAGUGUUUUGAAUAAAAGACUACUUAGAAAACUUCUCCCAUCUAAGAUAUGAUCCAGCCUUUUCUUACCACUCUUCUACUUUCCUGUCACACCCUUUCCAAAGUAAUCAGUAGUGGAGAGGAAAAAACAUAUGUCUUUUAAUCAGCUUUCAAAUGUGAUUAUUUGCUUGCAGUAACAGGCUUCAUAGGAAAUGUGCUUCUGCGUGAGUGUGUGUUUGUGUGCGAUGCAGAGGGGGAGGGUGUGUGCAGCAGUCGUUGAGUCAGGGGAAAUAAAGAUGUUUAUGAAAUACUCAGUUUGCCGCAGAGGCCAUUCGUCUCACACAAUCAUGUCCAAUAUUAUUACAGGACGGCCUUUCUUGCAAAUUUGCAGGGGUGAUAUCACCGCGUUCUGCAGAAUCCUGGAUGACACUUUAUUACUUUGCAUUCCCCGGUGCUGAUUGUAUUGGGUUUCUCUGCAGGAGCUCAUCACAGCGUGGUACAUCGGUUUCCUCUGUCUCAUCCUGGCUUCAUUUCUGGUCUAUUCUGUGGAGAAGGAGUCCAAUGAUGAGUUUGAGACCUAUGCUGAUGCUCUGUGGUGGGGACUGGUAAGAUACAACAGCAGACAAAAUCCUCAGCGAGCCUUUAAAGAUAGAUGUCUGUGAUAUUUGUGGUCCUCAAUUACCUCUAGGUUAAACUAUUUUGGCUCUGUACCUCAAACCUUGUUUGAAACAGUGACCGAUUUGUCCUUUCACCAGAUCACUCUCACCACCAUCGGGUAUGGGGACAAGGUGCCAAAGACUUGGAAUGGACGUUUGCUGGCAGCCACGUUCAGCAUGAUUGGGGUGGCCUUCUUUGCUCUUCCUGCUGUAAGUAUAAGGGAUCAUUGGGGGGCUUUAAAGACAGUGCUGUAAGCAGAAUAGAGAGUGCAAGUGCUGACUUUUAAGUGUCUAAUUUGUGUUAAUUUGUCUCCAUCCAUCAUCAUGUUAAGUGCUCACUAAUGCUGGGUUUCCACCAUACUCUGCAGCUCUUCAAGGAAGAAUAUCUAACUCUGUGUUUAACCAGACUUUGGAAGUUUUAGUUUCUACAGAUCAGGGCUGUCACAAUAUCACAUUUUCACCUCAGCAUCAUUGAUAUGUUAAAAAUGUUGGUUUUCUGUGUCACCAGCUCUGUGACAGAACAGGUGGCCGCAUAAAACGACUUUGUGAUGGUUUCAUUUUGUUUGUUUUUUCUGUUUUGUGUUUGAUUUGGAUAAUUUCCUGUAUUGCAAAAAUAUACUUUUAUUUUAAAAGGAAGUAUGCAGUAUAGUGAUGGAUCCUAAAUCAGAAAACUGAAUUAAAACUGGAAAGAAAGUAUAGAUGUUUAGUGGAUUAGCAUCCAUGGAGAAGCACAAGCUGUUACAUUGUUUUUGUAUUAACUAUAAAUCUUAAAAUAUAUCAGUUAUAAAAGUGUUUGACCGUCUUUCAGAGGGCUGCUACAGCUAGCUUUCUAAGAGCUACUGCUUCUUCUCCUCCUUCUUCUUCGUCUCCCCACUGUUUUAUGGCCAAUAGCAGCCAGCUUCUGUCUUUUUCCUCACUUUACAUCCAAACAGCUCUCAUUUUAUGCUGUUGUCAUUCCAUUACUGGUGUAUCUAUUUCCAGUCAGUGUUGUAUUUGUCAACGCCUGUUAAAUGUUUGGUGUUGACUGAGAUUUUUAAGAUGUCAGACUCAGCAAUAAGCUUUGAGUAAGCAGCAAACACCUGCUCAGUCUGUCACCCUUUAAACUGUAUGGAUGUGGCUGUGUCAGCACUCAGCUGACUUCUGAUUUAUGAGGAGGAAAUCAGCAUUUUCUUGCAUUUUAGCUCAGGGGUUUGGAGGGGUACAAAUCAGUGAUAUUAUGCAUUUAUCAGCCAGUUUUGUUUGAUUUGCUUCCUGGUCUGUGCAGCUGUCAGGUUCGGCAACUUGUCCAAAGAGACAGUCUGUUGGUCUUGUAGGUUCACCUCCAGGCCUGUUGGGGUCAGUAAAUAUCACUGCUCACUCUGUGCACUUUUUGUUUCACUUAUUUAUCUGUUUAGGGAAUCCUGGGUUCUGGUUUUGCUCUGAAAGUCCAGGAGCAACACAGACAGAAGCAUUUUGAGAAGAGACGCAACCCUGCUGCAGGCCUCAUCCAGGUUAACGUCCUCAUAAAACUGAUAAAACACAAUAUGUUUUAUUUUAUCUAACAGACAUAAUCUCUGUUUUUUAUGCUCUUAAAGUUACUUUUUGAAUUUUGUUGUUUUUCCCUCUAGGCUGCUUGGAGGUUUUAUGCCACAAAUCUUUCCCGAACAGAUCUGGUGUGUACUUGGGAUUAUUACGAGCAGACGGUAGCCAUUCCCAUGUACAGGUAAGCUCUUAUACUGUCUUGGUAUCUUGUGUUACAUUUUCAAUGACUUUCCAUGGAAGCCCAAAGGGACAGUGCAAAAGAAAUCAGCUGAUCCAUUUUAUAAGACCUAUUAAAAUUUCACAACUCUUCAUUACAUGAGUCCAAGUAUAGAUCCUCCUGGUUGUGUGUUACUCCAGUGCAGGUGAAAGUUGCUCAGUCAAAUCACUACUUGAGUUAAAGUUUUGCAGUACCAUUUUUUUUUAUUGCUCAAGUACCCAAACUACCUUUAAAAUAGUCGUAAAGUAUUGUUGAAGUUCCUGAAGUGGGUUUACAUUAGAUUACAUUACAAGAUUUUGAAAACAUCCUUAUUUUUUUAAAUCUCACAUGCAACAAAUAUCCAGAUUUACAACUCCAAAAGUUGAGAACAAUGAUAGGAACAACCUACCAUAGAAUAGAAACUCAAGGCUGUCAUUUUUCUUAAGUGUUAAGAGAUAAGAUAUGAUAUAUACUCAGUUCAUCCAACUCAAAUCAUUCACCUCACAGCCCUCCCCCGUCACUUCAGCUGUGCCCCAGGGUUCUGUCCUAGGCCCCCUCCCCUUCAUUAUCUAUCUCCUUCCCCUUGGCAGCAUCCUCUGUAAAUUUGGCAUACAUUUUCAUUGCUUCACGGAUGACACCCAGCUCUUCCUCUCCAGCAAACCCGACGCCUCUCUUCCACCCUCCUCCCUCACCCACUGCCUCUCAGAAAUUAAAUCCUGGUUCACGUCAAACUUCCUCAAACUCAACUCCGAUAAAACAGAACUCCUCCUGGUCGGUACCAAGUCCACUCUCUCCAAAACUGACAGUUUCUCCCUCACCAUAGACAACUCCAAAGUGUCCCCUUCCCCUCAGGUUAAAAGUCUGGGUGUCAUCCUCGACAGCUCACUAUCUUUCCACUCUCACAUCAGUAACAUCACCCGGUCUGCAUAUUUCCACCUACGAAACAUCAACCGUCUCCGUCCGUCACUCACUCCUCACACCACAGCUAUCCUGGUCCACAGUCUUGUCACCUCCCGUACUGAUUAUUGCAACUCACUCCUCCUCAAUGCCCCUCACAAUUCCCUCCAUAAACUUCAACUUGUCCAAAACUCUGCAGCCCGCAUCAUCACCAGAACCCCCUCCUUUCACCACAUCACCCCUGUCCUUCAGCAGCUUCACUGGCUUCCUGUCAGGUCCAAACUAUAAAAUCCCUCUGUACACUUUCAAGGCCAUCCAUAACCUUGCCCCCCCUUACCUCUCCGAUCUCCUCCACAUCGCCACCCCCUCACGCUCCCUCAGAUCCUCCUCCUCCCUCCAGCUUUCUGUGCCCUCUGCCCGGCUCAGCACCAUGGGGAGCAGGGCUUUCAGUCGCUCUGCCCCCAAACUCUGGAACUCUCUCCCCCCGGACCGCAGAAACAUGGACUCACUACCCCACUUUAAAUCCAAACUCAAAACACACCUAUUCCAAAUUGCAUAUUCACUUUAACUGUCCACUUUCACACUUGUAUGUUGUUUUUAUUUAUUUUUAAUUAUGUUUCUGUGUUUUUAUGCCCUGUACAGUGUCCUUGAGUGUUUAGAAAGGCGCUUUUAAAUAAAAUGUAUUAUUGUUAUUAUUAUUCCUUCAUUAGUCCCACAGGGGGAAACUCCAAAAUCUACAGCAGUCAUAAACUGAAAAACUUAGGAGGUAAAAUAAGAUAUAAAUGAGUGUUAUUUACAUCUGAUAUUUGCAUAGAAUUUUGACUGAAUAUUAGAAAUGACAUGCUGAUGUUCUAAUAUAUACAAACCCUCCACCACCAAUGCUUUUCAGACACUAAACAUUGUUAUCACAUCACUUUACAGCUUUAUUAGCUGCACCACAAUAUCAUGAAAGCAACAUCCCCAUAAGACUUAAAAUGAAAACACCUUCUUGCAUCACAAAUAUCAAGUUACAUGCAAGGAGAGAAUUGCAGAAAUUUCAACUUAAACCAGGAGCUUGUUGUCCACGAGAACAACUCAUUUUUCUUUACUUUACCAGGAACAUAUGUACAUCUGUAGACUUGGUCAAGAUUGAGAGCAGCUCCUAACAAAGCUGCUUUGUACAAUCUCAACACUCAGCCCUAUCUUUGUCCUGUAUUUUGCUAUCUUUGCCGUAAAACUCAAAAUAAUUCAACAGGAUGCUUCUCAGAUGAUUUGGUGUUGUGGCUGUCCUCCAUUUUUGUGGUUAAUCAUCACCAUAUUAGUUUAUUGAACUUGUAAAAUUUUUGAACUUGUAUCAUGAAGUUGUGUACAAGAAAAGCUUGGCUUUAAACUGCGAACAGAAUUGUAACACUCUGACCAGAGAAAGGUUGUUUGAUCAUGGUUUUACAAGCUACAGUAUAGUCUGCAUAUUCACCAAUAACAUUACAUAAUUAGGAAGAAAAAGGGUAAAUUUACAAGAGGAGGACGGUCUCUUCUUAUGAACCACACGACCCCAUUCAAAGGCACCAUUAGCCUCCAUAGAUAUCCCAUAUUAGACUCUGCCAUGUCCUAUAAAAGUCCUUAGCUGUUGUUAAAUCUCAGCCCCCUGACUGUCCUCAUCAUUGUACUCUAAGCUCUUUUGUUGUUGAACAGAAUUACAACCCUGUGUUGUGAACAGUCACACACUUGAAUCUGCAGUGAAUGAGGACAGUGCUGGCAGUGACACCCCAACCUCUUUGAAAUGCUCUUCAAAUACAAUCUAUGCCAGUUACUACUUUGUAAAAUUAACCACCCACAGUGCUGUCCAACCAUAUGAAUCAGCAAAAAAGCAGCUGACUUUCACAACAAAGGUUUCUCUUAGGCAUCUGAAAGAUGAAGCUCACUGUCUCUGUCCGUUUGGAAAUGGCACUGAAGAACGUCCUGUUUGUCUUCAGCCAUAAUUUGAGGUGAAAAGGUGAUGACCAGCAGAACGGAUAACUGCCAAAUGAAAUGAAAUCAGCUUAAAAGCGCCCGACGGCGAGCUGUAACCUUUCAGCACUGAGCUGGUGAAAGUGACUCGACAGAAUGACAAGACGUUCUCUUUGUCUUUUUCGCAGAUUCAUCCCACCUCUGAAUCAGAUGGACCUGCUGAGGAAUCUAAAGGGAAGGACAUUCAGGUAUCAGUCUCAGAGUUUGUCAUUUACACACUAAAUAAGUGCCUGUGGUCAGGUGUAAAUGUGACAAUGAUGCCCCUGACUCUGAUCAUAAUCACUUCAAUUAGAUAUGUUUGUUGCUGAUGGGCAGUGGUUUAGUUUAAAUGGUUAAAGAGGAUAUGUUAUAGACUAAAGGAACCAAGGCUUCUCAAAAUCAGGAUACCCAUACCAGAGGUAGAACAAAAUCACAACCAUAUUAUCUUUACUUUACAUGUCUACCUCAUGAAACAGGUAGUUUUAUGAGGAUAUUAUAAUGAUUUUUUUUUUCUGGACCUAUCUGUAACACAAAAGAAAAGUGAAAAUCAAGGCCUUCCUGAAAGAGACAGUAUCUGAAAUAUAUGAAAUAUAUCUCUGGAAAUCAAGUUCAGAAUGACACCAAAUUUAGACUGACUAUUCACAGCAAGUGAUUUUUCACAAUAAAGCAAGUUUGUUAUCAGUACUAUUUUCAGUCUUUAAAAUUUGCUCACUUAAUCGUGUGUAGUAUCAGCUAAAAUAAGGAGUCAAAGAUUUUAAAUGUUAGUAUUUUUCAAUUAUUUUUGCAUAACCAACAACAAUAAACAAAAAAGAAGGAGAAUGAGGAGAUGAAAUUUGGUGGAUAAGAAAGGAGCUGUGAAUUUCAUUUAACAUAAGUCCUGAGCUGCUCAGAGAUCUGUUCCCGUCCAUCUGUCCUUAAAAAAAAAAAGUGAACAGUCAUCAGUAUAUAUCUUUUAUGUGACAGUUUUCUCAUCAUAAAAGUAGGUCAUCAGAUUUUACAUUUCACCCUCUGCUGCCCUGUAUACCUAGAUAAGUUCAUGAGUGACAGGUAGCUCUGAGUAGCGCUGUGACGUGUUCAUGUCAGUUUUUUCUGUGAGAGGGCGCACACAGGGAAAUGAUGAUACAGAUUAAUGCAGAUUGAAGCUAGUGUAGGGUCGUGUUACUGUUAGUGUUACAUAUCCAUCUUUCAUGCAGCACUGUAGAGAUGACUGACACUUGAGAGCAGGUGGUAGGCGUGGUUUCUGCACACUUAGCCAGGGCAGAUUACCAGUUAUUUUUUAUUUGAUUUUUGAAACCUUCUUUUAUGUACUUGGCAAGUUUUUAUUUUUUUCUAAUUUGGCUGAGUGGUGAAUAACACCCCUUUUUCUGCAUUAUGACAACUUCUGAACACACACACACAUCUCCUCUCCAUUUUAGUCUUUUAACAACCUCAGCUUUAACAACAGGCAGAUAUGUUAAGUAUAACUUGUCCAGUGUGACCGCUGGUGUAUCCUCUCUUCACAGAAAAGAGUCUCAAACAGAAACGUCCCCCAGGUCUGUAAUCUGAAUGUCUCCUUUAUCUAUCGUCACCUCCCUUUGGCUUCUCUUCAAUUCCGCUCUUAGCUGCUGCUGAGGCACUCUUCUUGAGGGAGUGUGUGCACAAUACAGUAUAUCUGUGUGUGUGUGUGUGUGUGUCGAGGUUACUGUAUGUCCUAUACGUUAGAUAUGGAUGUGGUUGUGAGUGAAGUGCCUCCUUCAAGAAGGGUCUUGCUGCAUUUGCUCAUGUGGUGCUCAAAGAUCAGCUCACUUUGGCCUCACUCCCGACUCACAGCUUUAUGGAAUAUUUGCUGUUCUUUGAUACUCUAGCUUUCAGCACCACCCUAUGAAGAAGUGACUCUGAACACUUUGAAGCCUUGCUUGAAAUUUAUCACACUGUUUUUGACUUAAGAAACAAGUGAAAUUGUUGAUAAUGUUGUAACACUUUAUUGUGACUUUGUCCGUGAUAAGAUAUUUGCACAUUUUGCUUGAUUUGUGUAAGAAAUAGCAGUUUUUAUGCUUAAUUUCACAGAUGGAAAAGCAGCAGAAGGCUAAAUACCCAGUUAUUGUUUGGUAUGAUGGACAAUUAGGCAGCAAAUGGAAAAAUUAGUAACAAUAAAGUGUUACUGGCAUCUUAGUUUGGCACACACUGCUGUUUUUGUGACUGUACCCACUGCUAUUUUAUCUUUUUGUGUCUCCUCUCCUGCCCACCACUCCAGUAAUGAAAAUGCACACAAAGACAGACUUUGCGGGUGCUGCCCGAGAACCAUUAGGUAUAGUUGCCGCACAGAUACUAACAACAUGCACUGCAAGUCUGUGUGUCUCCUUACUAUCCUGUCUCUGCUCCCUCUUUGAACACAAAGUCAGCACAAUCACAGAAAAGGAGCUUUUUUUUAGGACAACAUAUGAAAAAAUCUCCUCACUCAGCUUUGUCAGUGAUGUCUACUUGAAACGUUUGUUCGGUGUAAACAGAAAAAGCUUAUAUGCCCACAGCUUUUACCUGUCUCUCUGAUAAAAUGCAAAUAUAUAUCCGUGUUUUCCACCCUGUCAGAGUUGAUUUAUGGUUUCUGUGUCAUAAUGUCUUUAUGCGGUUAAUUUGCUUGCUGCCUUUUUUGCCCAUUCAGCCCUUGUUGACUUCUGUUCAGCAGGCGAGGUGCAUAUUGCUGAGUACCUAAUAAUGUGUUUCCUUUGACCGACUCUCACGUAUCAGGCGAAGCAACCAGAAUGAAGUGUGGUGAAUUAUUUUGCAUGAUUUGUGUUCACUUUUUGCAUAGAGCGAGACCACGGCUCCUCCUUUUGAGACUUGCAGUGUCACUUUGCUUCCCGUGCAUGCUUGCUUGUAGCUUCCUGCUGCUUGCCUGACCCACUGAAUGCUCCACUAUGUUGGUAUGUGGACAUGGCUCCUUCUGCUGUAGGACAUUACCCUUUUUGCGUUGCUGCUGAGGUAAGAUUCAAUAUCAUACCAGUGCUGUUAUCUGCCAAUGAAUUCCCAUUAAUACACACUUACAAUAGCAAAGUAGUAGGACAAGGAGAUAAAUGCACAUAUUUUGCUUCAGUUUAAUGCUCUCACUACAAAGCAGUUUAUAUGCUAAAUUUCCAAUCUUCUUACAGUCGCAAGGCCAGCCUGAAGGACAAAGUGUUUCCCAGUCCUUCCAAGGCUCCUGUGGUCAAGGGGAAAGCCCAGUCUCCGGGGGCGGAGGACGGAGCAGAGAAGAGUCCCAGCAAGGUCAGCAAGAGCUGGAGCUUCACUGAGAAGAACAAAACGCCAAAGCACGCUUUCAGAGUCCGAGGCAGCACCUCACGCCAAAACUCCGAGGGUGAGGGAACCACGAACAUUUCAGAGUGUGGCAGUUUUAGCCUGGGUUGACUGUAUUGACUUCCAAAGAAGUUAACCAAUUGCUGCAGCUGUUUUUUUUUUCUUGGGAUAACCUUCUUGCUAAUUGCUCACAGUCAUGUAAAUGGUCUGUUUUUAAUAAACUGCAUCUCUGUUAAGGUAGAAGGAGUCUUAAAAAGCAAUUGUAAAACACAUAAAUUAAGGAGGAUAUACGUUUGUGUCAUACAAUUGUUUGCUGUCUUACCUAGAGUUAAAUGAGAAAAUCAAAUUCACUCAAGUCUUUGUGGUGAAUAUAAAGCUACAGCCAGGAGGCACUUAGCACUGCUGGGAAACAGCAGCUCUAAUUCUCACUGGUGAUAAUCUAAAGUAACAUUCAAAACAGCUCACAUUAUAAACCAUGCUAGGAGCUCUGGAAGCUGUACUUAGACAAAGUUUUGCUUCAAGCUAAAUGCUAAUUUUAGCAUGUCUUACAUUUAUUGCUAGUGGCCAUGCUGACAGAAUUUAUUCUGUACUCUGAAUAAAAUUUCAUCUCAACCCAUUAGUACCCAAUUGUAGCAGUCGGGCGCACUCACACUAAGCCCAAUAGCUCUGUAGCUUGCUGAAGACCACUUCUGCCAGUGACCUGAAACUGACCCAGCACUGUACCUGAGUGAUACAAAGUUCUCACGCUGGCCAAAGACUGUGGACUGUAGGGGUCAUUAGAGGUCAAAUGUGGCUGCCUAGUGUUCGUGCGCCCUUACACAUCUACAGGACAAGAUUUGGUAGGAGGGAGGACCUAUAAGUUUGUCCAAAGUUGACUCAUGGGAGCUUUAACUUAGUUUGUUUGGAUCACAAAUAGCUGUUUAUAAAAGCGGCUGUAUUCAGUACCCACCAUGUGAGGAAAACUGAUUUUCAAUUUCAACACUCCUGCUGUUGGUUUGUGUUUUAGUGUCCAGCCAUUAUUUAUCCCGAGACAGUCCAACUGCAUCCAUAUGUCAUCCAGGCCACUGUAUCACUAUCAACUACAAUACUUCUUCUCCUUCACCUUUUCUUUGCAUUUUCGUUCAACAGUUUGAACCAGUUCUCAUUAGUUGUUUUUCUUCCUCCGCUUCAUGGCAUGUUAAAGUGCUGAUUGAAAUGCAGGAUGAAGACUUUGGGAUGAAGAGUUCUCCAGGUUAGACAAGUUAUCACAACAUGUCCUCAAUUUAGACUUUAAUACACCACAGUAAUGUUUAUAUUUCAGUGCACAUGUCAUUUGAAGCUUAAUGGAAUAUACAUAGUCUGUUAAGAGGAAAGAUGCCAGGCCUUUAGAAAUGAGACAGACACCAUUCAGAGGAAUCCACAAGUUCCCAUGUUUGGUAUUGAUUUAUCUGCCAUAGUCAUCCUGCUAGGAUCCAUAACAAAUCUUUUUUUCCAUGUCUCUCCUCUCUCUCUUUUUGCAGCAAUUGAAGGUUUAAUAAGUAAGACAUUGGGAUAUUUUGUUGGUUGGCUUUUUGGGGGAAAAAAUCAAAAGAGAAGUCCCUGGUCUGAAACACCUGCAUGCUGAAAUCUGCUGAGAUUUGUUCACUUGACAUGAACCCCUAUUGUGUUGAUUUUUCCUUCUAUGAGUUCUCCCCUCUCUGACGAUGACUAAGGACUGAAGCAUGAUACCAGAUAAGCAUGUAACGAUUGAGUAUCUGUUUGGAUUUUAAAGAAUGCUCUAAAAAUGAUCAAAGUACCUAUUUACCGUGAGAGUAGGCUGAGUUCAUGAGGGGUUCAAGUCAAGUGGUGCCAAGAUGAUCCAAAACUGACCCAGAGAAAAAUGCACCAAAGACCUGCUUUAGGUUGCAUGACAAGACCUCACUUUCCCUACCAGAUUCUGACUGCCUGUAGGUAUUAUGCUCAAAUCCAUGGAUUAACUACAUUAACAGAGAGUGUGAUUGGUGGUGGGAAGAGAGUACCUGUAAAAGGUUCAAGAACAGCUUUAUCCCAUCAACUCUAUCCUUCAAUUCUGCACCGAGUCCUUUUUCUCAUGUUUUUCCACAAAGACGCUCACUACGCUCACAAACUAGCUAACUGGCUUGAAACCAACUUGGUAAAUGAGUUUUGCACCUUUCAAAGCUAUAAGCAAGAGCUCUGCUUUGCUUCUGCUGCAGACCCUGGUCGCGUGGUGCAGCUGAAAUAUUGUUUGAGAGUGUCCUUGUCUUUGUUCUGUAGAGGCCAGCCUCCCGGGAGAGGAAAUCGGUGAUGAUAAGAGCUGCCACUGUGAGUUUGUCACUCAAGAAUUACCACCAGGCUUGAAGGUUACAAUAAGGGCGAUCUGGUAAGGAUUUGUUUCAAUACCUGUAUUUUUAUGACUUUACCUCUGGAGACAAAGUAGACACUAAUGGUUUGGUUGUAUGACUCUCUAAACCUUUUUGUCAAGUAUGAUGCAAGCUGUUCUAUCACCUCUAUCAACUUCACCGCAGAUUAAAACAAAGUUCAGUCAGGACCACCCUUUUCAAACAGAUCUAGUGUUUGUAAGCACAAGUUAUAGCUGGUAUUUCUUUGUUCUGAGAAGGGGAGUACACCUUCCCAUCAUAUCAUGUACGUACAUGAAAAACUAAGUCAGAUGGAGCAGCAGAAAAGACGCUGAAGUGCAGAACAGAGCAGGCCUAGGUGACAAUCAGGCACAGCAGAGACAGAUGAAGCUAGGGUGGAGGCGGGAUGCAAAGCAGUUUGUGGAGUGUAGGCAGUUUGAAUAAAACGUCCGUUUUGACAUUUACCAGUUGGAUAUGUGUAAGGUAAUCGGCUGAGCUUUCAGUCUGGGCUCGGACUGAGAUCAGCUGAUGUGCUGUGGGCUAAGCUUGACUUCAGACCUGCUGGUGCCAAAGAUGUAGUACACUCACAUGGCUGUUGUAUAUUUAUGGAAGAACAUAAAACGGAUCCUUCUUGAUUGUCCCUCUGUCACUGAUAUCUGAUCUCGCUUUUUGGGUCAGUAGCUGGCCGAUACCUGAUACCAGGAUUGGAUUGGUGCAUGAUGUAUGAUUGGCUAAAAAUGGGUGUAACGACCGGCUGUAUAAAAGGAUUAAUCAUCGGCUGUUGGUUCCAGAGGUGAAGUCAGUUUUCAGAUACCUGCAUUCUUCUAAGUGGCAGAAGAAGGGUGAGUCUAAUGGUUGCAAGAAAAAUAUAAAAUUGCGGGUUUGUGAGAAAAUAGCUCUGCUUCUCACUCAGUUUACUCUUUACACAUUUUAACAAUGAUGGUCUUGACAACUAAAUAAUAGACUACAUAUAUAGUAGGGGUGGGAGAAAAAAUCGAUACAGCAUAGUAUGGUGAUAUUUUGAUGUAUGGUGAUAUAUCAUAUCGUCUCAUUUACCAAGUAUUGAUUUUUCAGAUUUAUUGUUAAUAUGAAGUCAAAUCUAUGAUAAUGGAAAAAUAAAAUCAACUGAUUGUCCAGUGAGGUUGGCAGAGGUGACAUCAUAGAGCAGGAGAAAGUUAGAGCAACAAAUCUAUAUGUAUGAGGUUUGCAAGAUGUGUUACAUGAAAAUAAAAUACAGUGUAAAUAAGACAAACAUAAAGGAAAGAUAAAUGCUAAAUAAGCUAAAUUGAAAAAAUAGUAUAAAUCGCGAUAUGUUGUAUUACAAUACUCACUGUAUUGCAAAAUGUUAAAAAUCACAAUUAUGUCAUAUUGUGGGGCCACUGGUGAUUUCCUAAUAUAUAGCAUGGUGACCUUUUAAUUUUGAUAGAGGCUCACCAUGACACACUCACCCUCUUGUUCAGAAGCUAACCACUUUUUAACACCGGCUAGCUUUAUAAGGAGGAUACUGUCUCUGUGUCUCAUGAGCUUUGCUCAUAUGUAAAAAUAACUUUUCCUCUCUCAGCAUCAUGAGGUUUCUAGUGUCAAAGCGGAGGUUCAAAGAGAGCCUGCGGCCCUACGAUGUCAUGGAUGUGAUAGAGCAAUACUCUGCAGGACACCUGGACAUGCUGUCCCGCAUUAAGAACCUGCAGUCCAGGCAAGUGCAGUGUAUUUGCACAGUUUAACACCUUACCCUCACUCAUUUUCAGGUCAUCUAAACGUGAUUAACCAGACUUAGCCUGUGACCCUAAAUAUCAAGGUGUAGUAUUUUAACAGUGAUUUUAAUUCAAGUAAAUUUAGAUCAAUUGUUAAGUUGUGAUUUAGUAAGAGUGUUUAUUAAAUUGUUGGAUACACACAUGUUGUGACUCACAAGUCAUUGAUUUGCCUGUUUCAUUUCUCUAACUAACAUGUGCUGUAUUCAAGUUUUAGUUUAGAUCUUUUCCCUUUAACGUGUGGUUUACUUCCUUUAGUUAUUCCUUAUAGAAAUAAGAAUAAUUUAUGCCUCACCUUGUCUUUUAAACCCAGUUUAAACUCCACAAACUAGAUCCCCACAUUUUACCCUCUCAGGUUUAACAUGUAGAAUAAAUAUAUUCCAACAGUGAAAUACGUUCACUUUUCAUCUGCAAAGCAAGUCAGACAAUCUGUAUGUCUUGUGUGUGUGGAAUAUAUUGAAACUUGUUCUCCAUAGCUGAUCUUUUUCCCACUUUGCUUCAUUUUGCAUCGCACUCAUAUCGUCUCUGUGUGCCUUGCCAGGAUAGAUAUGAUUGUGGGGCCCCCUCCCCCAUCAACACCUCGUCAUAAGAAGUCCACUGAAGGUCCUAGGUUAGGUUAAUAGACUGCACCUCUAGAAUGUUAUUUUAUCAGCAUUAUGCUCCUUUAUACCACAGUACAAGUAUUACAGCAGUUACACAUGCUAUCCUAUUAUUUUGACUGAAGGAACCCCUUUUGAGCUCAAGCCAAUUGACUGCUCUCAUUUAGUAUUUGAUAAAAACAAGCUGAAAUAAAGUAGCCAGAACCUUUCAUGCACAUCUGUAUUUUCCUCCAGAUUCACCAGGCACAACAACUGAAAACUCAGGGAAGUUUUUGAGCGGUGGCAAAAGUAAAAUCUAGUAGAAUUAAAGCAUUAUAUACAGGGAUCUAAUACCUGUGUGUAACUGUGCAUACCAUAAUGAAUACACAAAAGGUGAAUGAAAAACAUUUAUUUGGUUUAUGUGCCACAUACAUCCCACCCCUCCAUAAAUCAGUGCCCCAGUUGUGCUACCCCAAUCAAAAACAUAUGGACCUCCUUCUGCUAACUCCAAAAGGGCGCAAGGUGGAUACAGUCCAAAGUGGAGCUGAUUGAUGAUACAAAGUUCAUAAAUGUCUAACAAGAUAGUAAGUGAGGGGAGAAAAUGUACUUAUUUUUAUUAAUUACAGCACCAUGUAGAAGCCAUUUUUAGCUGUUGGUGCUGUAGUACCUCGUCUCAACCACAGGGUAGCGCACUUGCAACAUGCUUCAAACAAUCCUGAGUCUCUGUAAAGAGCAGACAAAACUAAAGAGAUGCUUUUAGUACAUGUAUUCAGGUUUUUAUGAUUUUUUUACCUCCUUUAUUUAUGUUCCCAGUGAAAAAAAAAAUCACCAGUUAACUCUUGAGAAUAUUACACACGAAUGAAUAUCCAUUCAUCUGUCUCAGGAUUGUGUCAAGAUUUCAAUGAAUAUAUUGUACAGUAUUCUGCCUUUUGAGACUCUACUUUGUAUGUUCCACUGAAAUUAAAACUUUUAAUAGUCUCAUAAAACAAAAUAUAGUGAUAUUAUCUGUUCUGUUUGUGUGUAAUGUCUGCCUUAGAGGACAAGUUUACAAUUCCCUUGUGACACCCGUUAGUUUUUUUUUUUUGUGCCAGUUUAUCUGAUGUUUUCUUACUUUACUUAAAAUAAAGAGAAGUUUCAGAGCAUUUUUUUUUUACUAUUUUCAGCUGCAAAACAUAAAUACACCUGAACUAACACUGACGUGCAUGAAAGGGUUCAAGUUUUAUAUCAAAUAGAAUUAAGAAAAAGAUUUCAGAAACCAUUUUCUAUGCAAGAUUUUAAAGAUGUGUGAUAUAUUCAGGUCUCCUAUCACUUAAAACUCAGCCAAAAAUGAAAUAGACAUGUAAAGUGAGACAUGGUGUGACUUUCUCCCUCCCUGAUAAUGAGCCCUGUCCUAAGGUCUGACUCAACAGGGGUUGAACGUGCUAUUUGCUUGCUCUCACAUUAGAGAGACAGAGGGAGCUCCCCCCAUAGGAUGCAAUGAAAUGAAGCAUGAAGCACAACAAAAGCAUGACAAGUGAUGCAUUUUGGCCCCAGACGAGAUGUCCCCUCUGUUGUUCAGUAAAAGUCUGCCUGUUCUCAUGAUGCAUGUAAUCACACCAUCCAUCUAAAAUCAAUCCAUCCUCAGGAAAUACUCAAGUGUUUCACCAUCAUCCAUUCCUCCAAAAACAAGUGCAGAUCAGUCAGCCGAGUUCCAUCAACACAAGUGCUUCCUUUUUGUAAUCUUCUUCGUACCUGACAUUACGGCAUCAUUAUCUGCGUAGGAAAAAAAAAAAUCAAUUGAAUCCAAGAGUGAGUUUUGAUCCCAGUUAUUAAUUUUUCCAAAUGCCAGAGUUGACCAGAUAGUCGGCAAAGGUCCUAAACCUGAUGGAGAUGCUGCAGAGGACCCAAGCAUGAUGGGACGCCUGGUCAAAGUGGAGAAGCAGGUAAGGGUAAUUCUCUUAAGUGGUUAAAUAAAUCUGAAUAAUUGGAAAAAAAAAAUUAAAUUUAAACCAAACAUCCUAACUUAUCCCACAGUCUUUAUGAUUUCAUUAAAAGAAAUUGAAUUUUUUCAAAUUUUGUGGCCAAACUGUUGAACUUUUGUUUGAAAGAGUUGUGACAGACAGACAGUUAGCAGCAGGUGAGCUUUGUGAAAAAGCAAACAGAGUCAGGCAAGGGAAAGUAUUUGCAUUUUUGUAACUUCCCCUUUGAGCCUCUACCUACCUACCUACUCCUCUCUCUCUGUUGGAUGAUGUAUUUGUGUAAAUAAAGCACCUAUUUUUAAUGUUAACAAGAUUGUUUUUCCAGAAAAAUAUUGACUGCAGAAACUACCCAAAGAUGCAUUUCCACAGUAGGAACUUUCCCUAGGAACUAAGGACCUUUUGAGGGUCUAUGUAUUUAAACAGCAGGGACAUUUACUUAUGAAAAACCAGUAGCUGUGCACACACCCACAAAAAAAAGCAGAGGGAGGAGUUGGAGAGAUUGUGGAUUUGUUCCCUCAUCCUAAUGUAAUUUGAUCAUUAAUACUGUGUACAUACAUAGUUUAUGACUCUGUUUUAGGUACUUUUUUCCAUUUCAGGAUGCUUUUGUGGUGUUAGAGGUCUGUGGGACUGGUCUUAUCAGGAGACAGUCUUACUCACAUUAUAAAUCAGUGUUGCAGACAACUAGGCACCAAAGGCUGACAGCACAAUAGCAAAUAUCCCAUGUAACCUGAUGUCAUGUUACACUAAUACACCUUACCUGCUGCCAAUGUGAUUUAUUACAACCUUCAUUUUUCUUUUACAACAACUCAGCAGAGACGUGAACAAAGAGCUGAGACUUCAGCUAUCAAAUAGCUGUCCUGGUUGUUUUUGGCUUGAUUUGCAUAAUGUUCCCAGGACUUCAGGUUGAGAAAAAGACAACAAUAGUUCCUCAUGGAACUAAGAGUUCCUGUGCAGAAACCUUGUAUCUCCAUAUUUCAUCAUGUUGAUUUUUUGCAUUAAUCAACAUUAUUGUUCUCCUUUAAACCUGUCUGAAGUGUCUCUAAUAUUAAUCAAAUGAGAAGUAUUUUAAAAAGCUUGUGGUUGAAUCUCAUGUGUUCUCAAUCUCAGUGUUUAGUAAUGUUAAAACUCAGAGGGUUGUCUUUAAUUCCUGUAAAUAGUGGUUUUAGAGAUACAAGGUUUUUUGCCUGACAGCAGCAAUAGUUUUAUUGAUCUUGGACAUUUAAAAAAAAAAUACUGCCAUCUCUUUAUCUUGAUCAGUUAUCAGUUAUCUUGAUUCUAAAUUUAGUCCCCAGAAGGUUCCUCGUUUUUGGGGAAUGUUCUUGCUGAGUAAAAGCCCCUUUCAACUGCACUUUCUCACCUUUACAUCCUAACAGUCUGACCUCUCCCAAUCCGUGUACCUGUGGUGUUGUUGUGUCUAUUGCAGUUGACUUUUUCUAAAAUUUUGAUACAAAGAUAUACAUUCCUCAUCCCUUAAACUCUGUUACUUUUUGUACCCACUUAUUUGACAGUCUGGAAAUUCAUGUUUUCCCUCUGUAGGUGCUCUGUAUGGACAGGAAACUAGACUUCCUGGUCAAUGUGUACGUGCAGCGUAUGGGAAUCCCCCAAUCAGAAACUGAGGCCUUUUUCAACUCCAAAGAGCCAUACCCAGCCCCGCCUUACCACAGCCCAGAGGAGAGCAAGGUGGAGAAGGAGGAAAAUGAGGAGGUGAAGGAGGAGAAGGAGGUGAAGACCUGCUCACCCGCAGAUGUCCCGUGCUCUGAUGGGUCUUUGGAAAAGAGGGAUCCCCUGCUGGGUCGGUCUGUGGUGAUUUCAGUGGGUACUCCUUCUGGCAGCCACAGCCGGCCCUCUACCUCCUGGCAACACCAGCUGCAGCACCCCCUCAGCCAGCCUGCCUGGAACAGCAGUGUGGCCAACACCCCCUCACCAGUCGGUGGCAGCAGUGAUCAUUCACCCACCCUGUUCCGUCUACCACCUCCACCUGCCCCGGUUCAUGACCGAUCCUCCUCUGGUCAGGGUGGCAGCGGCAGAGAUAGUUCCCAGAGCAGGAGGCGCCACAGGAGGCAGAGGUGUCAGCAGGAUGCCACCGCUGUGGAGAGCGACACGUCUCUGUCCAUCCCUUCUGUCGACCAUGAAGAGCUGGAGCGCUCCUUCAGCGGCUUCAGCAUCUCUCAGGCCAAGGAGGACUUCUUUGGGCCAUCUUUCUUUGCAGGCUCAGGAGGAGGAGCUGGAGCGGGGACUGAAGCCACAGCUGGACCUUCACUCUGUGCCCGAGUCAGACCCUUCAUAGCUGAGGGAGAAUCAGACACAGACUCUGACCUGUACGCACCCUCCCCUCUGUCCUUUACGGGGGAGGUGUCAGGUGGAGAGAGGGCGUGGCAGGGGCUUAAAUAAGUCAGAGAGGACUGCUCUGCGUGAGGAGGAGCCUAAGGAACCAGAUUCCUCAGUUCAGGAAAGACCUGUUGUGAGACCACGUAGCCAAACGACUGACUGUUUUUGCUUCCAGUGCUAAAAUGGACCAUUCAAGUUGAAAUGGAUGGUUUCAGUCAGCUGUUUAUAUCUGACGAUGGUACAAACAUGUCCUUAAAAAAAAACUUAAAACAAAGGGGGUCCUCCUAUAUCACCUUAUUUGUUUGUGGUGAAACACUUCACAGGAGAUGCUUUUUAUGCUGUUUAUUUGCACUGUAUCCAUCGAGAUCUUAAUUUAAUAGAAAAACUGCUUUAUAAGGGAAUUUCUUGUGUUAUUUAGAAACAUAUUUGAUCAACUUAGCAGUCAGAAGAGGUGCACAGAUCUGUGAAGGUUAUCUACGACACUUGAAUUUGCAUUUUCCUUACCUGACAUUAAUUUAUACAGGAGGAAACCACCUUACUGCAUUUUGACAUGCAUUCUUUUCCACGGAUCACUUUGAGUUUGAAAAUAUGGAUGGAGUUAGCAAUGCUUAAGUCUUGUCACAUGGAAAGCAUAGUGUCAUGAUAACUUCUUUACCUUUGGAUGAACUGAGGUGUUAUGAUACCAGAACCGUAGCUUGAAUAGCCAAUUAGAUUCUUGCAUAAUAAAAUAAGACAUGCUUGCUUUGCAGCAUCAAUGAAUUAGCUUUAUGUUCACUGAGAACUCCCCUUAGAGUUUUGCAAAUACUUCCAAGUCAACAAACCGGUGACCCUGCAGCAUGGCAUGUUAUAUUGUUGAUUUGAAGAGUGUGUUGUGCAGGCUGCAAAACCAGACAACUGGGAAAAGUCAGCAGAAAAUUCCCACAAGUGUUUUCCUUCUAUACAAACAAACAGGGCGAUGAAUAAAACAUGGAAAUGUGCAUGCAUGAAUGGUUUCAAGCUGCAAUAUGUUAAUUUAUUUAUGGGGCUUUGCUUGAAUUCCAAUCAUGUUAUUGCAGCCAAGGCUUUCUAAUUUCAUUAGCUCUUUUUGUUCUGUCCACAAUUCUGUGCACUGUUGAUACAAAGGCAAAUGUUCAGAGCCACAUCUGAAAACUUAACAGACUUAAACAGACUAAAGCUCUAUUUUGUACUGGUAUCAGAAACAAAGAAUGCAGAGGUUGGUUUGAGUGAGUCAUACAGCGCCUGUGACUCUGAAAUCUGGUGUUUGGCCUGCAAUGCAUAGCUGAAUCAUGUAGACUCCCUGCUGCUGUGUCAGUCAUGCACUAUAUGAGGAAAUGCAAUAAAAAGCAAACAAGGCAAUCAAGACUGUCCUUAAGAAACAUCAAAACGGCCUUGUUUUUUUCCACACCAAAUUUCAUGGUUUUUGUAGAUGAAUAAGUAAAACAUUGGAAAUAUCUCAUUAAAAUUAGAGCAAGAACAUUUUGAAGUGUCAUACUGGCUGAUCUGUGGCCUUAGAGCAAACUUAGCCACAGGUUAUACUAAAAGCAUGGGAUCGUAGGGGCAUUUGAAGCAUGAACAGUUGUUGUUAAAACUAACCCAUGUCAUAGCAAAACGACUUCAACAUUUGAACAUAGAUGCUGGUGAAAAAAAGAAAGAAAUAUCAAUUAAUGAGUAGACUGUUCUCACAAGAUAGAUGAUUCAUAUUUUCAUAGAAGAAUGAACAAACUUGACGGCAUGUUUUCUACAACCCAAGGAGAGGACUGAUAAGGUUUAACAUGACACAGUAGCUCUUAGUUCAACACCAUCAUGUAACUGCACCGUCUUCUUCUUCUUCUUCUUCAAUAAUAAAACUUUGUACAUCACUGGAAAA